GUAAAAGUUUAAUAGCCAUCUACUACGUAAAUUUGGCGGAGCUUCCAAACUAGCGUAUACGACCGUGGUUGUAACAUAAACGAUAUAUUUUAAAUACUUAAAAUAUUAUAUUAGUUAACACUAGUUAACACGGUUCAGAUAUAAAAUUCAUUCAUACAAAUGUUUGAAAAUAAAGGACGUGAAAAAAAUUGAACCAAGAGGAUAGAAGAGGAAAAGAAAGAAUAGAAAAUAUAACCUCAAAAAUAACGUUGAAAUAUUUCCACUUAAAUAACUGGAAUAAGCUGUACCUGUAUAAGAAUCUUAACAUUUUAGAAAAAAUUGUAUCCGAAUCUAAGCAUGGCAGAAAAACAGAAAGUUUUAAUUUGUGGAGAUGUAAAUGGUCGUUUCAAUCUAUUAUUCUCAAAGGUAAAUGUCAUUAAUAAGAAGAGCGGGCCUUUUGACUUUCUGUUAUGCGUUGGUAAUUUCUUUGGUGAUAAUAAUAUAGAACUGGAACCGUACAAGAAUGGAAUGAAAACAAUAUCGGUACCAACUUACAUAGUUGGUCCUAAUAAGGAAACCGACAUUGAAUAUUAUCCUAAUAUGGAAGCUUGCGAAAUAUGUCAAAAUCUCACAUUCCUUGGUAAAAAAGGACUAUAUAAUUCUAGUUCAGGUCUCAAGAUAGCUUAUCUAAGUGGCAUUGAACGUCAGGGUUCAGAAUCUAGUUCGUACACCUUUGAUGAAAGUGACAUUAUGUCCAUUAGAAGUACAUGUUUAAAAGGUCAACCAAGCUACAGAGGAGUAGAUAUUCUUUUAACGUCACAGUGGCCGAAAGAUGUGACUCACUUGGAUAGUACUGAACCAAGUUUUAAGUACAAUGGCUCUAAAUUAAUUGCUUGGCUGGCUACGCAAUUAAAACCUAGAUAUCAUGUAUCGGCAUUGCAAGAAAUUCAUUAUGAGAGACCUCCGUACAGAAAUCAAAAUCAGAGUGGCGAUGGUAUAGAAAUUGCAACCAGAUUUCUAGCACUAGCUUCUGUUGGUAACCCGGACAAAAGAAAAUGGUUAUAUGCUUUGAAUUUAACACCCGUAGAUCGUGCGAGGCUAUCCGAAUUAGUUCAAAGAACAACAGAUGAAACUCCAACUCCUUAUCCGAUAUCCAUGUUAAACAGUGAACCAAGGGAUCCAAAACCGGAAGGGAAAAGCACACAGUUUUUUUAUGAUAUGGAAACCAAAGACAGUGGACGGAGACAGAAGAAUUUUGACGGGCCUAAUAAAAAGCUUAAAAUUGAAUUCGAUCAGUCAAAGUGCUGGUUCUGCUUAUCUAGUCCAAAAGUUUCCAAACAUUUGGUUAUUUCUGUUGGAACUGAAACUUAUGUUGCGCUCGCUAAGGGUGGACUAGUGGAAGAUCAUUUUCUAAUAUUGCCGAUUACUCAUCAUCAAAGUUUAUCCAUUCUGCCAGAGGGUGUUGCGGCGGAAAUGAAACUUUAUAAAGAAGCUAUAACAAAAUAUUAUGCAAGUAUGAAUAAAGUUCCUGUUUUUUUUGAGAGGAAUUAUAAGAGCUCACAUUGUCAGCUACAAGCAGUUCCCGUUCACAAAAAUCAAGCUCCUGCUUUAAAAGAGGCAUUUCAGGAAGUUGCUGAAUGCAACAGAUUUCAACUCGAUGAACUUCCAAUACAUUCGGAUUUACAGCAAAUUGUUAAACCAGGCAUGCUAUACUUUUAUGUUGAAUUGCCAAAUGGAGAAAUGUUGUAUCAUAGAAUCAAAAAAGAUUUCCCACUUCAAUUUGGGAGAGAGGUUUUAGCUAGUGACAGAAUAUUGGAUCUUAAUGAUCGGGCAGAUUGGAAAGAAUGUCUUAUGGACGAAGAAAAAGAAGCAGAAUUGGCAAAAAACAUUCGAAAAAAGUUUCAACUAUAUGACUUAGAUUAGUCAAAGAGUAUUUCUAACUAUAUAUUUAAAUACAUAAUUUUUCACAACGUUUAUACACGGAAAAUAGUUCAUUUUAAUUGUCACAAAAGUAAUGUCUGUAAAGCGUGUAAAAAUGUAAAUAUAUUUUUAUGGAAAUUGUAUAGAUCUGAAAUUACAUGUAUACAAAUA